AUGUGGUCAGGCAUUCCUGCUCUACUAGGGCAAGCCCUCGCCAGCUUACCCGGAUUACCGAUCGCAGGCGCUUGGAGCAUUUCCGCUGCCCUUCAACGCCGUCUACUCUCCUACUUGGUACGGCGAACGCUUGGUCACCUCCUUAAGCCUGGUUCCUUGGAUGGCGCGCAGAUUGAUGCUGGUAUCGGGUCCGGAAAGUUAGAGAUAGCUCACCUUGAGCUGGACAAGCAUGUGAGUCAUUCCCCAUGCGUAGGCACAGCGGAGGAGACGGCGAAGCACGCGCUGACCUUGAAUUAGGUCCCGACUUCAGGCUGUGAACGAGCUGCUUGGGCCGCUGCCAGUGCGUCUGGCGUCUGCCACUUUGGGGCUCGUGGCGCUUCAGCUUCCGGCUCUGAGCAAUUUGUGGGCCGGCGAGGUGUUGCUCAAGGUAGCAGAUGUAAAUCUCCAGCUGGAUCUUUGCCCGAAGCAAGAGGCAUAUGGGCCAGCUUCUGCCUCUUCACUCUCAGAGAACGGCCAUUCAGAACUGGAUGCGAAGGGUCUUGAAGCCUCGAUAUUGAGCGCUGCAGAAUCGAUGCUGUCGGUCGAUCCCGAAGGAGAGCAGCUGCAGCGUGACCUGGCAAACUCCGUUUUGGAGGACAGUGCCGGUCCAUCAACUCCGGAGCCUGCAGUGUCUGCCGUCGCCGGCUCGAUGUCCUCCUCGAUGGUAGAAAAUCUACUAUCGCGACUCAAGGUACAAGUCGCUUCCGUGCGCAUAGGGGUCCAAAAUCAACCUGAGGGGAAGGACGAGCUCAACGAGCGGAUAUGCCUUGAAGCACGCGUAGACGCAAUUGCCUUCAGCUCUAGUGCUGGUCCUCUGAGGGCAGCGGGCACCAACCUGGAGGAUCCGAUGACAUUUGUCCAAGACCUGAGCCGAUCUGCAGCGUUCGAGGGAGUUUCCAUCUGGCUGGAUGCUGAAUCAACCUCAAGCAAUUCUGCAAGAAAACCAUCCCCGCGCAACAGCUCCGCCUCAUCGGACUCUUCGAACGACGCACGCUCCGAAGGCGGCUUCAUGGAGAUGAGUCAGGCAACGCACGAUGUUAGGCACGGCAUGGGGUUAUCGACCGCAAGUGUUGGCGCUAGCAUGUACGCAAGCGCUCACGAGCAGCACGAAGUCUCCGUAGAUGAAGCGCGCUCUGCAUCGCCAAUGGGAACCUCCUCUGCAUCAAGCCGGUUGAAGAGGACCAGACCGUUGUCCGUGGAGCUUCCUGGCCCACAAAUGAUCAUUAAGCUCGACGAUCCGCACAUCGCGGCAGAAUUUGUGUCUCCCAGAUGCGCACAGAUCGACCGAGCUACGGCUGCGAGGGCUGGACUGCUUUCGCCAUCAGAACACGACACCGGCGUUCUUGGAAACAUGGAGCGCCUUGGUAGUCAGUCAUCUUUGCUCAGCUUGCGUUUCGGCACACUAGCCGCAUACACGAGCCCCCUGCAGCUUGCCUCUCUGUUGGUCCUGUGCAGCCAGAUGAGGACUGCCUUCGCUGCUACAUCCCAAGCACAGCAGCGGCCGCCGACUAAGCCAUCGAACAGUCAAGGGCUUCAAGUGUCUGUAAAAGUGCCGCACGUGCAGUGGAUUUGCGCUUACGAGUCUCCAGAUGGGUUGGGCGCUGCAGAUCGCCAAGAGUUUGCCUCGACGCUAGACAGCUAUUGGCAGAGACCUAACCGCGCACACCCGUUCAUUGGGCAUGUCCGACUUCACGUGUCCGACGUUGCCGUUUCUCUCGCCCCCAACACUGACGAGGCGGAGAUUGCUGCUGGGGACUUGAUGGCAAGCGAGCAUCUUUCCCCAUCUUUAUGGAGGGCUGCGCAAAGUCGGGGACACAGCCCUGCUUGUAUCGUUCCUUUAUUGCUGGUAGACCUUGCCCUUCAGCACCAAUAUGAGGUGCCCUCAGGCAGCUCAGGCAGCACAGCAGGAGGAGACGUUUCUGAGUCUGCGCCAAGCACGAUGAGGCACAACCUCUCGAUUGACACGCUCGAUUGGCGCAGCUCAGAAAGUCGUCAUGAAGAGCCGAAACAUCGCAAUCCAUUCUGGCGCACGAGCUGGGGCGACCGAGCUUGGAAGUUGCGACCUGGUCGACGGAACACGCAGAGUCAAGUGACAUUUGCUAACCAGAGGAUCUUAUCGGAAACUCGAUCUGCUCCUGUGCCUGCUAUACAGGCAAAGGUGUCCGGCUUAGACGUCAGGGUCACUCUCGCACCGAUUCACCUCUUUGCGGAUUUGUCACUUGCGGGUAGGCUUGGGCACCUCUUUCGCAUAGUUGCCGUACACACCCAAGCCUCGAAAGGCUCGGAUGACACUAUGCAAGAAGACCUUGGACUUAGCAUUGCUACUUUGCAGCCCCCAAGUCCCAGCAGCGACCGCAUUCCAAACGUGUCGAGCGACCAAAGGCGACCCCAUUUCGGUCUGAAUUGCCAGAUCUUUCGCGUGAGCUUACGAGUCCCAUCGGGAAACGCGGAACCGCUCGACGCUGGCAUACCGCUCCGAGCGGGUCUACUCACCUUGGAUAUCCAUGACAUCAAUGCGCAAGCACCAGCGAACCACGCAGCUAGUGAUGCUGCCUUUGCGCAAAACCAUGCACAGCCGAGGGACCAGCCGGAGCGAGAUUCGGGAAUGAGAACGGAGUAUCACGACUUGGCGCAAUGCACUAUCGGCCACCUCGUGACGUUCGUCAUGGCCCCGUCCGAGGCACAAGCCACGAUGCUCCUGAGCAUUGGCAGACUGGGCGACGACUGCGAGCGUGCUCAGGGAUCGACAAAGCCCGACAUUUCACAGCCAAUGCGAAUCAGUGUACAGCAGCCGAGUGCCUCGAAAUCUUCCGUCAUCGACGUCGUUGUACCGAGCAUCGAGGGUUACCUGACCAAACCUGUAUUUGACAGCUUGGUCCUUCUCCUGGACGAUCUGAGUCAAUGGUCCUCAAGUCUUGGCGAAAGCACUCAGUGGGACGGUCCCGACGGCUCAGGCGCAGAUGCGCUUCGGAUCUUAGGUUCCCGCUUCUUUGGCGCUGCAGUGGGCCAGUCUGGUGCUUCUGGAAGCUCUGAAUCGGGCACGACCGCAAAUCAGCCAAGAGCCCGCUCGAAAGGCUCCAAAAAGUUCGAGCUCAAAGUGGCUCAGACAUCUCUCGUCCUCAAUCUACCCGUUGAAGCAGAAACAGGAAAUGCCAGGCAGCAAGCCUUGAACGCACGCGUCUUGGAUCUCUAUCUCAGGGUAGAUCCUUCCCAUGGAGCCCUCUCGACACUCUCAAAUUUAAGGGUCUCAUCGGUGGCAGUCGACCGCUUUGACGGGUUGAGUAGAAGAGCGGUACUUACUCGCACCUUACCAGCAGAGCUCACCAAUUCGGCGACCUCCAUGAUCUCCGUCCACGUGCUAUCUCUCGCAGAGGAGGGUACUAGCUACCGAGAGUCCAAGGUAGAUGUUGUACUCCGGGAUUUUACGCUGGUCGCGUGCCCACCUACCGAUCUUGUCUUCUUGGCAGACCUUCAAAAGUUUGCGCGCUCUCCUGAGGGCGCCUUUGAGCACGUGGAGCCCAAUGAAAUGACGCGGCUUUCUGUGCGCGUGCAGGGCGCUUCCAUCCUCAUCUUGACGCGAGCUGCGCUCUCUGAGCGGCCUGAGGCGGUGGAGAUCUCCAAGACAACAUCAGCUCAUCAAGUGCCUGCAGAAGCAGCGCUCGUCCUCGGUGAUGUCGUGGUCAAGACGAAGCUUUCGCCCUACGCUCCUCGGACCAACGUCAAGUAUGCCCUCUGCGACGUCAGAGCUUUGAUCACUGAAAAAAGCCUUGAGCGCCCCGGAGGAAACCAAAGACCUCGGACCCCGACCGAGCAUUGGCGCUCGCGAGGUUUUGCCAGCUUGGCCAACCUACGUGAGCUGCGUGGGUCGGUCACACUCAGCUCUCUCACUAGACCUGAGGUUGACGUGAGGUCCGGAGUCGCGCGCUUGGACGUCACAAUGUGCGCAGACACGCUCAGUAUUGUGACAUGCCUGGUCGAAGCGCUGCACAUUGCGUCUACUGAGCCAGUCAACAAAGAAACAUCACCAGUUCGUCACGAAGGUCAGAUUCUACGUGAGAUGGCGCGCCCAUCCGGCUCAGCCACACCCGGAAGCGCUGGAUCCGAUAGCAACGACUCGCAGGAUCUACUUGCAAGCCUCGAUCAGGACGCUUUUCUGCGGCGGGAGCAAGGGCCUUUUGUCGACUCUGCUGCAGAUCUCGUGGAUGAUGAUGUGCCGCGAAACGCUGGUUUCUUGGGCGUUCGUGCGCGCUCACCAGAAUAUGUCGCUACCGCCUUGCAAGACGACGACGACUUGCUGAGCGAGGCGUCUCUCGAGACUGUUGAGAAGGUAGUAUCUCCGACAUCGGGCGAUACCUCAAUACUCUUCCAGAACGAAGCUGUCACUGCACGUGCACUCGAUGCUCGAGGUAUCAGACCCGUGCUUGAUUAUUUCAACGACCCGAACCUGAGCCCUAAACAAGGCAUGCCACUCUUGUGAGUCACGCCGAUGUGCUCAAGACGCUUCUCAAUGUCUUGUAUUGUGUGACCUUGAAAGCAUGCUAACGCACGUCCCUCACGUGUACAGAGCUUUUGCAAGCUCCGUGCGCGUCCGCGUCGACGAUUGCGACGUAAGCUUGCGUCUCUUCUCUGGAUACGAUCGACCGUCGAGCGAGGCAGCCAUCGAAGCAGAAGUCAGACGCGUUCGCAAGCGACUACAAAAGAUCAAGCAGAUGCUCGAUGAAGGCCAGACUCCUGACGAUAGUGUUGAGGAUGCAGCUGGAAGCUUGUUCGAUUCGAUCUUGCUAGCACCUUCCGCGCCGCUGCAUGAGCUUGAUGCUGACGCCGCCAUUCAGACACUGGACGACCAAGUCGACGAUCGUCUUGAGACGUCUUUCGACACGAGUGCUUGGGAAGCUUUCCCAGCUGCCAAGGGAGCUGAUGGCGCUAAAUCUGGCAACAGCGCGAAACCGCGCGGCAAGUUGAAGCGUUCUCGUCAUUCCAUGAUCGACAUUGAGGUGCGGGGCAUUGAGGCUGAAUAUGAUGCGUAUGGGCAUCGAUCCCCUUUGGCAUCUCGCCUUGCCGUCAAUGCACGCAUGCUGCAAAUCUUGGAUAACAUCAAGACCUCUACUUGGAACACCUUUCUCACUAAGAUGCAGAUCAAGACUGAGGCGCAUCGAGAGCACGCAGACUCCCGUAUGCUCCGAUUGGAAGUGCGCAAUGUAAGGUCCCUGGAAGGCGGCUUCAAAGCGCCAGAACAAGAAGCGCCAAGGUCCACCAAGGAAGAGGCUAGGGUGCGAGCGAAGCUUGCUCCCCUGAGAUUACACGUGGACCAAGACGCUCUAGAUUUCUUCAAAAAGUUUUUCGCCUGGAAACCGAUUGAAGCUGGGGCAGCUCCUGCUAAUGAAUCGACUGCGUCAAGCGAGCCCUUUAUUCGUGAGUCUUGUCGCACAAGUAGGACAUCAGUCGUUGCUCUCCUAAUAAUCCAUCAUUCUCUCCUUGUCAGAGCACGCCGAGAUCUAUCCCAUUCGCCUGAAGCUGGAUUAUAAGCCGAAGCGCGUAGAUUACGGUCUUCUGCGUGCGGGCAAGACAAUCGAGAUGAUGAAUUUCUUCCACUUUGAUGGAGCAGAGAUGACCCUGCGUCAUGUUACUCUACGAGGUAUCACCGGCUGGCCUCGCUUCUUCGACACGUUGAACGACAUAUGGACGCCCGACGUCAAAGCUAAUCAGUUGGCGGACGUUUUGUCUGGAAUUGCUCCGGUCCGGAGCGUGGUCAAUUUAGGAGCGGGUGUUGCAGAUCUGAUCCUGCUGCCCAUUGAGCAGUAUCAGCGCGAUGGGCGUCUCGCGCGCGGAUUGCAAAAAGGUGCUGCUAGCUUUGCCAAAACGACUGCUCUGGAAGCGCUCAAGCUAGGUUCCAAGCUCGCCACUGGGACGCAGGUCAUUCUCGAGCGAGCAGAACAGAUGCUUGGAGGUUCAACGGCGGAUUCCGAGACGGUAUUCCGAACAACGACAGUGGAUCAAGCAAACGCGGCCCCUGCUGACAGCUUUUUCGAGGAGGGAGAGGACGCGACGGAUGCGCUGUCCAGCUCGGUCAUCACUCUCAGUCCACCAGAAGACAAAUCGGCGCCGAUCAGUCGAUACGCCGAAGCUCCCGAAGAUCUGCGGCAAGCGCUAUCGGAAGCAUACGGUGGUCUCUCGAAAGGCUUUUCUUCUGCAGCGAAGACCAUCCUGGCGAUUCCUAUGGAGGUGCACGAGCGCGAAAGCGGAUCGUCAGGCUCUAGCAAGCCAGUCAUACGAGCCGUUCCGAUUGCUAUUUUGAAAGGAGCAGCUGGCACUUCUGGAGCCCUUGGCAAGACUUUGAUGGGUUUGCAAAGAGAAGUUGAGGGCGAUUUGUAUGUUGCGGAGGAAAAGUACAAAUCGUCGAGCGCGAGGAAGGGAAAGGAGAAAAGGAGAUGA